GGACAGAUGCUUACACGGGAUACAAGGCGACCGUCAAACCCACACAGUCACAGGCCUUGUAGAGCGUAUCUCGGGGAGCUCGCCGCCCCAGUCACGUCCAACGUUGGUGUAGUGCGACUAGCAGUACCAAAACCCGAGUUGCUGGGUACUUGUUGGGAUGGAGACUGCCCCGCGCCGACCUCUUCUACAGACUGGCUAUGUGUGUUAAAGUUCACCAAAGAGGUGAAAUGACUGUGAUUGUGUUAAUGGCUUGUUUUCCCAUGGUCACACUACUGUGUGCUCCUGAGAGUUGUUGGGAUUUGGACUUGACCACUUAUUUGCUGUGAACGAUCGGCUUCAUUCAGUUGAUCUACAUUCAUACGUGCUUCUUCACAUCGACCUGUACGUAUUUUCAACAACGCUGCUCUAGGGAGAAGAUCAAGUUUAAGCACCACCUGUAACACUACUCCAACAUCUACUCGAAACCGGAAAGCACAACUGGUUUAUUUACGUACAACACUUUCCAUAUUUAACUUUGAACAGUCGGCAGUUGACAAGGUUGAUUUGUGGUCAAUCUGCGCCAUGGGUUCCGCGUCUUCCCGUAGGAAAUCCAACAAAAGUAAGAUAAAGACAGUCACAUUGUCUGAAUCAGCUCACGGGUCUGGAAAGGGGAAGGGGAGCUCCAAAAAGGGCGGGAAAAGCAAGAAAAGCUGCGUCAACAACAGCAGCAACGACAUCAUCCCCUGGGACUCGCAGAGCAGCAGCGUCAAGGUGACGGACAGGACGCGAGUAUUCCAGAGAAGCAAGUCGGAACCGGCAGUGAAGAGCAACCUCAACAGCUCCCUCUCUACCUCUCUACGCUUCAGUGACUUCUGUAAGAUAGUGCGGAAAGAGAGGGUGGAAACGGAUGAGAUCAAACCCAUUUACAUUCCGUACACUACGACGCACAAGUUGACGCCCGACAGUCUUUGCCACAUUUGCAGUGUAUAUACCGGAAGUGAGGUAUACUCAUGCGCCGUGUGCUAUCGUGUGUACCAUGAGAGUUGUUUGUCAAAAAUCGGCCAAUGCCAGAACGAGGCUGUGAGGUACCUGCAUGCCAGCCAAUCCGCAUCCGGUUGGAGUUGUCAUCUUUGUGACACUGUAAGCAACCUGCUGACGGAAGAAGAGAUGAUAGGACUUCUCGACAUGUUCCGCAAGUGUAACGUCACAGCAGGUGAAGAUCUCACCAGAGAUCAAUAUUUCUCCUACCGGAAGCAGCACUACAAAGGGCAGCUGGGAACGGAAAUGACGUCAGAUGAGCUGAGGGAUGAGCUGCUCGUUGUCAGUCAACUAAGCAAAGGGUUAACUGGCCGUGUCUCCUGGAGCAACUUCCUUAAUCACGAAUCUCUCAAAGUGCUUGAAAGAAGAAAUAAAAACUCCCUGGUCCGCUACCUGAGCGACCCCGAGAUUGAGUGUGCCAGACAGAUGGUCAAACCACGCGACAAGACUGGACGGGGGGACGUAUCUCGCGACGAUUUACUGCGUCUGACGUCACAGUUUGAUCAGAUAUUCCACGUGACCUACAGACAAGACAAGAUAAUAUUUGCCGACGACGACCUCACAGGCUCCGUCAACUGGGAACGAUUCCUCAAGGAUGUGUCAAUAUUCCUAAUUGCGGGGAGACUAAACAUCUUCAGACAGGCAGUAGCAGAAGCUAAGAAGUGCGCACACGAAGAGAUGAUCUCCCAGGAAACGGUAGCCAAGUCCACCUCUUCUGUUACCAUAACAACCAAACCAACGAAUCGCAAGGUGACGUCAAGAUCGCUGUACGUGAUCAACAGCGCCUAUGGACGACUUCUAGGGGACGCUCGAGCUCAGAAGAGGCCAAUGUCUUUGGCAUAGGCCCAUGUUUUGGGGCUACUGGAACGACUUUAGUGUGUGAGGAUUGCACACACAUCCCUGUAAGCUGCUUUAAGCAACGAGACAGCAACGUGGACAAAACAAGCCGACCCGUAAAUGUUACCACCAAAACGCUACCGUAAAGCUAUGAGACCAUGGGCCAUGUGGUCUGUAUUACCACUGUACAGAGACAUUAUUCAUGUUGUCAUAGGGAGAUGAUAACAAUGUUGAAACCUCCUUAAGUUUCUGAAUCACUUUCAGUGAUGGGGUAUGGUAUUGCCACUUUUAGCUCUACUCCAGCAACAUCACUAAGCUACCACACCGCCCACUUUGUUUAAGAAUAUUUAUGAUACAUAAAUAAAUUAUUUCCUAGUUAUGAUAAUAAACUAUUUGUAGUAGACAAUUUACCUUACACAUUACCAAUUGAGUACAUUUGUCUAACUUGUUGAUGCUGCAGAUGUAAUAAUGUCCGUGUCAACAUACAGACUACCACAUUGAUACGGACAUGCGGCACAUAGUUUAUAUUCAGCCCCAAAUCCCCACAGACUGCAUGACCGAGUCAGCCUCACCACUGGUUUUUGGGGGUCAUUAUGGGUCAUUAUGAUGAAAAUGUUCUCGCAGUAUUUUUGCAUUGAUUUUUAUACUUUUGUUUGAAUCAUAAUAUAUUUCAGCGCAUGAAGAGAAGAGUAAAAAAAAUUUGGAAUAUGUAUUUAGAAGUGAACGCCUUUUGGGGGGGGGGGGGGGGGCAAUGUUUUUUAAUUUAUAUCACAGACCCUCAGAAUAUCAAAUGGUCGGAUCCUAUAAGACCUUUAUUCAAGGUUUAACUGUGUAAAAUAUUGAUGAGUGUGAUAAAAGGGGCAUUUGGAGCCUAAAGGUAAAGCACAGUUGUAGAAUCGAGCAAACAUGUGAGCAGAUAUUGUUAUGAGAGUUAUGUCGUAUGUUGAUAUAAAUGAGACUUUGUUAGUUCCAACAGUUUCAUGUGUGGGACUUAUUUCAAGACAAGGGGUGGUCGGGAAGCCUAGUGGUUAAAGCGUUAACCUCUCGUCACGCCGAAGACCCGGGUUCGAUUCCCGACAAUGGUACAAUGUGUGAAGCCCAUUUCUGGUGUCCCCCGCCGUGAUGUUACUAAAAGCGGCGUAAAACCAUACUCACUCACUCACUAUUUAAGGACAAAGUGUACAGGUAAGGAUGAAUUGAAUAAAAAGAUUGAUUUGGGAGUUUUCAGGAAGCAUUUACCAAUAUUUGAAAAUGAGCAAGUCCUUGACACAAGCUGAUUUUCAUGAGGAGAUGUACAAAAAAAAUCCUAAACAGACAUAUAGUAAAAGUUUCAUUUUCGGUUACGGUCUUGCUCGUACG